GCCCCCGGACAGUGAUGGCGGCGGCGCUGGGGAGCCGCGCGGCCCGGCCAUGGCGGGUGCUGAUGCCCGCCGUCCGCAGGCACAGCGGGGCCGCGCCGGGAGCCGCCGGGACUCCCCCGCAGCGAACGGAGCAGCGCCCGGGCAGCGGCACCGAGGGCUCCGGCCCCCGGCAGGUUCCUUCAGAGAAAUCAGAAUCCUUUGCAUCCAUGUUGAGACGCUCUCCUUUAAUUCAGAUGGGGCCUGCCAAAGAUAAAAUUGCCAUUGGUCAAAUAUUCCAUGUUGUAGAAGAUGAUCUUUACAUAGAUUUUGGUGGCAAGUUUCACUGCGUGUGCAAAAGACCAGAAGUUGAUGGAAAAAAAUAUCGGAGAGGAACCCGGGUACGCCUGAGACUGCUGGAUCUUGAACUGACAUCCAGGUUUUUGGGGGCAGCCAGUGAUACAACAUUGCUGGAAGCUGAUGCAGUGCUCUUGGGACUUGCAGAGAGCAAGCAAACAAAGCAAAAGGAGUAAAUUUACUGCAAAGAGAUGCACUUUGUGGUCUGACAAAUUGCAUAAAUUAAAUGCUUCCUCAGGAAAUAAAUGAAAAUUUUGUGUCUGCUUAGUCAUGUAAAAAAUGAGAUCAAUAAAAGACAAUAAGCACAUUGUAUCUAAUUCUUACUCCACUUUUAUUCACUCAUCUUUCUAGCUCUUUGCCUUUAGAUUUGAAGGUGGUUAACUGAGCUGCUGUAGGUUAACUGAAUGUGUUCGUAUUCUUGUAUAAAGAAUUUCAGAGUCCAUCAUACUAUUCCAAAGGAACGUUGAUUUUCCAUGGAAAAAGUCCAAAGCUUGCUGUCAUGGUGCUUCUUCUAGGAUGGUGUUUCACACAGAACAACAUCAAGGGUUUCUGAUUUCCAAGCUGCAAUGCAGGCUGUUUUACUGCUGAUACUGAGUUUAAUAUCUAUUACAGUACAUCAAGCUUUUAUCUCCAUCUGCAUGAGGAACUGGAGAUUAUUCUUUGCUUUAAUCAGAGCUCCCAUUUCCAGUGCAUGUUAGUAAAUUUUCUUUGGUGGUUCAUAAAAAUUGAAGGAAGCUGUUUCAGUGUAGUUGGCCAAGAGUAGGUCUUAGUUUUCAUUAAAUAUAUUUAAGAUAAAUAUAGUGGGUGUUUGAACAACACA